AUGGGCAAAGUGCUACCGUGUCAUCGUUCCGCGCAUUCCCAAUUUGGUGGUCUAGGCCAACCCGCCGUCACCGAAGCCAUUCGAUUGCUAUCCAAGGGCCCAUUCCCCGUUGACCACCACCGUGCUGCCCCCGAACGUCAGCGCUGGAGCCUACAAAACGUCUGCGUCGACCCUUUCUCGGACCUUUCAGUCGCCUAUACAACCGAUGGCGAGGAUUCACACCUAGCGCCCUCAGCAUACUCGUGCAACUCCAAUUCAUGGGUUCACAUUUUCCCCGAGGGCAAAAUUCACCAGUCACCACGAAAGACAAUGCGCUAUUUCAAGUGGGGAAUCGCACGGCUAAUUCUCGAGCCUAAGGAAUGUCCGGACGUAGUCCCGAUGUGGAUCGAAGGCUUUGACGAUGUUAUGCACGAGAGUCGAGAAUUCCCGCGAUUCCUCCCACGGCCUGGUAAACGAGUCAGUGUUACAUUUGGCUCCAAGGUAGACUCGGACAGUGUGUUUGGAGAGAUGAGAUCUCGAUGGCAGAAGCUGAAAGCGAAGGUUGAGAAAAGCAACCCUGAGUCUCGAGAUUUGCCCGUCGGGGUCCUGAGCGACGAGCUGUUGACCCACAAGGAAGCUGUUGAGCUGCGCAAAGAGGUCACUUUGAAAGUCAGGAAUCUUGUUUUGGAAGUUCGCCGAUCGCGUGGUUUGCCCGACGAAGAUCCGAAGGAGGGCUUGGUUGAUACCUGGCUGGAAGAGGGCUUCAAGCGUGAGGGCCACAUGAAGGAUGACUCCUGGGUCAGGGAUAUCUGA